AUGGUUGAGAUCAAGCUGGACGGCGCCGUGGUCGGAAUCGAGGAGUUUGUGAACAACCAUGAGGGGUGUCUGAUUGUGCAUGGGCACAUCAAAACGAAACCUGAGGACUUUGUGGUGCGCGAGAUUAGUGCAGCAGGUGAAGUUGUAGACUUUAGCGAAGAAAGCUACCGCCUGCCAACGGAAACCGAGCGUGACGCAAUACUGAAAAAGAUCGAGGCACAGCAGAAGCAGAAGAACGAGAAGCUGUCGUUUGACGAACCUGCAGACGGUUGGCGGACAGCGUUGGUGGAGCUGAUUGGAGCGAAAGGUUUCAAAGACGUCGAGAGUGUGGCCACAAGCAAGACCAACGAAUACUAUCUAGCGUCACCCACGGAAUUUCAAGACCGCAUAUACCUUCAAGUCUGCAUUCAGCUCGAGCAUGAGGACUCGAAGGAGGCUCGAACGGCGUUGCAUCGCCUGAUCGCCAAGAACUCGUCGUCUUUCAAAACUAAGACGGAGGCCCGGAAUGGCAUUCAGCGACUGGUUGUGCAUUUCAUGCCAAAGACCAACAAGAAGCGUAAGCGUUCUCAAGCACAAGUGUAUCUUCGAUUUGUGCUCCAAAAGACAAACGAAGAGCACUUCGCAUGCUUUGACAGACUAGCUCGACAUCUUCGCCGUCCGCUUUCUGCGUUUUCGUACGCAGGAACAAAAGACAAAGCGGCCGUCACUUUCCAGCACGUUGUAGUGACUGGUGUGACGCCGCAUCAACUUGUGGGUGUCAAUAGUGAUGAAAGUGGUGCGACAACUGGUGUUCGAGUGGGAGAUCUCAAGUAUGUGGAGACUCCGAUGUCUUUGGGAGGAGCGAAUGGAAACAGGUUCUCGAUAGUACUUCGUCGUCUUUCCGCUGAGUCUGAAUGCACCGCCGAGAUGAUCCGCUCUUCGCUUGAAUCUGCGCUAGACAACAUCAAGUGUCACGGAUUCGUCAACUACUUUGGUUUCCAGCGUGUUGGAAUGCCUUCAAAAACGGUGAGAGCUCAUCAAAUUGGCGCGAAGAUAAUCGCUGGCAAGUGGGAAGAAGCAUUGAAACUCAUUCUGACAGUCCACGAAGGCGAUUCCGACGAUGCAGCUCAAGCAAAACGGCAUUAUCUCGAGUCUGGCGACGUUGAAGCUGCGCUGAAGCUCAUGCCACAUGGAAUGUCUGUUGAACGACAGCUUCUACAAGGACUAAAACGCUUUGGAAGCGAUGCGUUCGAGCAGGUGGUGCAGAGUAUACCAUUCUCACGUCGCGUGAUGUACAUGCACGCCUACCAAAGCUAUCUCUUUAAUCGGAUGGCAUCGUACCGAUUGCGUCAGUAUGGAGCUAAGAUUGUGGCAGGUGAUCUGAUCCAGAGCGACAUCGAGAAUGAUAAAGCAGUCAAAGCUGUCUCAGUAGCCGAAGCGGAUGAGCUGAAUAAUGCUCAUAAAGACGCCGUAUCGCUCGUGCUCUUGCCUUUACCUGGAACGAACGUAUCGUUCCCGUCCAACGCUACCGAGGAAGCCUACGUCAAGUCGUCGUGGGAAGAAGGGCAAGAGAAUUGUACGUUCCAUGUUUCGGUGUGGGUCUAA